ACAGUAAUCACGUUACAACCCGGAAGUGUUGCCUUUCUCUGAUUAACGUUUGAAUAGACAAGAAUGACCAAUUUAUCUUGUGAAGAGACGGUUAAACGCGAUGCUGCUGACAGCGUACAGCCGCCUGUAGUCGUGUUUGUGUGUUAAUACUCGGCUUUGGGGGCAGAGGCGGUCGAGUGCGAGCAGCAACGCCCUGAUGUCAGCCGCCCCGUCGGAGAAAAAGAUCCCCGCUCUGUUUACAAAUCGGCUGAGAGAAAUCGUUUCCCCGCAGUGUGUCGGUAGCUAAUCUGUUUUUCAGUCGGAAGAAAACAUGGCUGAGCUGCAUGUUGUGGAGCCGAGCGGCACUGGCACCAUCGAGCAGACGGAGCACCGUGAUGUCCGCGGCGGUUCUGUGCGCCUGGCGUCGCCCACUCUCGUGGUACCGCCGCGGAGCAGCCAGCUUAGUCCCGGCGGGGUGUCGAGCAGCAGCAGCGGUGGAGGUGGCGGCGGCCGCUCCGUGUUCGGGUUCCCGGUGAAGAGCAACCCGAGCUCCCCGUCCGAGCCGGUGGACAAACCGGGCUCCCGCUGGGUUCGCCUGAACGUCGGAGGAACCUACUUCAUCACGACCAAACAGACGCUGUGCAGAGACCCAAAAUCGUUCCUGUUCCGACUGUGUCAAGAAGAUCCGGACCUGGACUCCGACAAGGACGAGACAGGAGCGUACCUGAUCGACAGGGACCCCACAUACUUCGGCCCCAUCCUGAAUUACCUUCGACACGGAAAACUGAUCAUGGAUAAAAAUCUGGCUGAGGAAGGUGUUCUCGAAGAAGCCGAGUUCUACAACAUCGCAUCUCUGGUGAGGCUGGUUAAAGAGAGGAUACGGGACAACGAGAACCGAACGUCUCAGGGCCCUGUGAAGCAUGUGUAUCGAGUACUACAGUGCCAAGAGGAGGAACUCACACAGAUGGUCUCAACCAUGUCGGACGGCUGGAAGUUUGAGCAGCUUAUAAGUAUCGGCUCCUCAUAUAACUACGGCAACGAGGACCAGGCAGAGUUUCUAUGUGUCGUUUCCCGGGAACUCAACAACUCCACCAACGGCAUCGUCAUCGAGCCCACCGAGAAGGCCAAGAUCCUUCAAGAGCGAGGCUCGCGGAUGUGAAGAGACCCAGAUCCUGAUCUAAAUAACACUUCAUCAACAAAAACAAAACAACCACAACUGAACUUUUCCCCCAGUUUGCAUUAAGAUCCAUAAGUUUACCUCCUUCUAUCUUUUUACCAUCAUCAUCAUCAUCGACCUCCCUCCCUCCCUCCUCCCUCCCUCCUCUGGUGUGCCUUUCCACAGCGGGGAGUUCCCUGACUCUGUCCCCCCAGCGCUGCAACACGACCCUGACUUGUGUUCUCAUUUCCUCUCCUCCAUCGCCGGCUAUCGAACAUUUCAGGUGGAGUUUAAAAGAGUUACAAGUGAGCGGUUUUCCUCAAUGCAGCUUUUUUAUUUUUUGAUGGUCAGUGUCACAGCGGUGCAGGCUACGGUGCUGAUUGUAGCCCCCUUGUUAUCGUCAGUGGACGGACGCCCAGCUCGGAGCUACUAUGAAUCAUCAUCUUCAUCGUCAUUGCCGUUAACAGACAGGAUACUUCCUCUCUCUCUUACACAUCCGGCUCUGUCGACUUAGCAGAAACCUCCUCAGGACUCUCAAAGGACAUAAAGGAAUGAACACAACUCCACAGACUGAGCCUCUCACUCUCUCUCUUUACCUGAAUCCGUUAACAGAGCGCCCGUCGUCUCCCUCUCUCUGCGCCCCUCCCCGGACUCCUCAGCCGAUGUCUGAGGAAGGAAAGGUCGUGGCACGACAAACCGAGCCGGGACAGUAACAGAGGUACGAGGAGGACACGGAGCGGUUGCAGGCAGCAUGACGCAGAGUCCGAUCGCUCUGUUUGAGCCAGCCUGAUGCAGCGUCAUCUCCGCUCUCUUCGGUCUUUAAAACAGUGUUAACAAGUGACAGAUAUUCAUCUUAAAGACGCCCUGCCUCUGAUUGGGCACGGGGGGGAGGAGGGAGGAGGCGGCGCUGCUGGAAAAUCCAAACGUCUCACUCCUGUCGUUUCCUGUUUUCAGGCUCGAUUUGAUCUGUCCUUGCAGGGAGAAAAAUCGGGAUAUUUCCGCGCAAAAGAAAACAAAUGACUCAAAAAAAGACUAAACCACACCUGUGUACAACUUGUCAAGGCAUGUGAGGAAUCUAUAUAAAUCUAUAUAGGCUACAUGAUGAAAUUAUAUGAAAAAUUGAAUGCAAAUGGUGUAAUUAUUGAUUUCUGUAUCAUAGUUGUCAUAUAUUUACGUAUUCUGGUGGGUGAGUCUAUUUAAACGGUGGAGAAAAUAUCAGUUUUCAUAAGCAGUUUUUCCUGAAGGUUCAACACCUGGUGACAAAGGUGUGAGUAUGUGUAUGCAGUGCCUCUCUGCUUUCUGUCCAUGACUGAAAUAUCACGAGCUUUUCAGCUGCACGUUUUCUGUAGUGUUCCUCCAAAAUAACUCCAGAUAUCGUUGAUAAGUUUUCUCUUAAAUAUCCUACUUUGAUAUCCUGCAUAUCUUAAAAUUGUAAUUAGGGAUUACGGAAAACUACUGUCAUCGCCAUUUGUCUGGACAAGCGUGGCGUGUUGGGGGGGGGGGAAAGUCGAUGGCCAGUUUGUAUGCUGCCUCAAAAAAAAAACCCUGAAGCACCCUUCUUCUCUCUCUCUGGCAUUGUGCUACUACUCAUGCCAAUAUUCAUUCACUUCGCAGCUGCCUC